AGUUAUACUAUCUCAUAUUCAACCACCACUUAUAUAUUUUACGUGUGUGUGUGUGAUGGCAAAUAAUCUUGUAUUUUCUGGUGCAGCUGUUGAUUAUAUUUGCAGUAUUAGAGCAAUUUACAAUACUGCCCAAUCGAAGCCUUUGAUAUAUGGAAAAAAAUUGCACGAAAUAACACAAGCAAUGAGAGAAAUCCCCAAUUACAUUGUCAGUUUCUGGAGCCAGAUUAUCGUUGCCAAACGUCGCACGUCCUGUUCAAAAAAGCCCAGCUGAAUCUGCUUCUCUCUCCAAUGCUGGAGCUAUUUGCCAAUUUUUAUUUGUGGCAUCAGAAGCAGCAUGUUUCGAAUAAAGGAAGGAAAAAAAAAAUGGUUCAAAGCUCCAGUGGGUGCGAAACCAGACAGCGUUGAAGAUGCUCGCAUUGGCUAUACUAAUACAUAGGGAAGCCUGUUCUGUCAGAUAUAUACUACACAGAUUAUGAUUUGGAUACAUUUACAUUUACAUUUACAUUUACAUUUACAUUUACAUUUACAUUUACAUUUACAUUUACAUGGAGAGGGAUGAGAUGAAGAAAUGCAGCGUCAGUAGGAGUAUC